UCUAGUUCUAGCCAAAGAGACGUGGCCGGAGACUUUACCGCCAUAUAAAGUCUCUGGUGUCACAUCAUCAUUCAUGUACACGAAUAAGGUAGGGUUGCAAUUUGCAAUCCACUUGGCACGAAUUCUAAAGGAGACUUUCCAGUUAGGGCUAGAAAACGUGAGGUGGUUUGUGAUGGGAGACAAUGACACUGUAUUUUUCACGGAGAACCUAGUCACUGUGCUUGCGAAAUACGAUCACAAUGAAAUGUACUAUAUUGGAGACAACUCAGAGAGCGUGGAACAAAACGUGGCACAAACCUAUGGCAUGGCUUUUGGUGGUGGUGGGUUUGCCAUAAGCUACCCUUUGGCAGAAGUGCUAGUGAAGAUUUUGGAUGGAUGCAUUAAUCACUAUGCUGUGUUGUUUGGCUCUGAUCAAAAGGUUCACGCAUGCAUGAGUGAGAUUGGUGUUCAACUCACCAAAGAGCCUGGUUUUCAUCAGACUGACAUUCGUGGUAACUUAUACGGGCUUCUCGCGGCGCACCCAAUAGCGCCACUUGUGUCACUACACCACCUCCAUGCUUCAGAGCCAUUGUUUCGAGACACAGGUCGGGUCGAGUCCUUAAAAAGGUUUGUAUCCGCAUAUAAAAUGGAUCCAGGUCGAAUCCUCCAGAAGAGCAUAUGCUAUGACCCGAAUCGGAAUUGGACAUUCUCAGUGUCUUGGGGCUACAAUGUGGAGUUGUACCGUUCUUUAGAGACGUCCAUUGAGUUGCAAACAACGUUUAAGACUUUUCAAACAUGGCGUGGGUAUGAGGACCCGUUCACAUUCAAUACCCGACCCGUUAUCCCCGACCAGUGUAAGAGGCCCGUGGUGUUCUUCUUGGAUCAGAUCGAAGAUGGGGGACUCGGGGAAUGGACUGAAUCCUCGUAUAAGAUAUAUGACAAUGUUUUGCUCGAGAAGUCUAAUUGUUCUCUGGAAGUUCAAUAUGUCAAUGUCACUGCCUCAUACUUCAGGCCUGAGCUGUGGAAAAAGGCACCACGUAGACAAUGCUGCGACAUAAUCAAAGGCACAGAUGAAGCGAGCAAUGUGGUCGAAAUCGUGAUCAGAGGCUGUCAUCAAUUUGAGAGUGUCACUCCUCCUUAA